AUGGUGUCACCGAUGAAAGAGAAGUUUGAUAAGUAUUGGGAUGAAGUUAGUUGUGUUUUUGCAAUGGCAGCAGUCUUUGAUCCACGUUUCAAGCUUUCAUUUGUCGAGUGUUGCUUAGGGAAGCUUGACAUGAGUACACGUGAUGUAAAGUUGAAGAACUUGCGCCAGAAGCUGAGUAUUUUGUUCGAGUCUUACGACAAAAAAUCCAAGGCUAACUCACCUUCUACAGAGCCACGUGUGACGGUUCCACAAAAUGUCAGUUCUGCAGGAUCAAUGGGACUGUUUGGGAACUACCAAGAAUUCUUUAAAUUUCGCAAAGUCAACAGUGCUGCUACUGGAAAGACAGCUCUAGAAGCUUAUCUUGAUGAACCUCCUUUGGACAUUGAUAGUUUAGAGAGCUUGGACAUUCUCCAAUUCUGGAAAACUAACACUCAUCGUUAUGGUGAUUUGGCUGCAAUGGCUUGUGAUCUGCUCAGCAUUCCUAUCACAACAGUGGUUCCAGAGUCCUCCUUUAAAGAUGAAAUCGAUCCUGAAGAGGAGACAUUACCAUCUUUUGACUCCAUUGCCAAUGAGGAAAAUGAUGAUGAAGAAGUUUGA